GAGAUGAUGCCUUUUGAAAUCGCAUUUUAAUGUUUUUUCCUUAAAAUGGGGUAAAUUGGAACACCGGGAAAUUUUCAACUGGUGAUUUUACCACAUUGCCUUGUUGUGGAUCCGUUGAGUUUCUCCUCCCUCUCCAACUUACUUAUCAAAAGUUUUCUGUUCUUAUCGAGGAUCCGCUCGACGGGAGACUUAUUGUAUUCUAGUUUUGGAUUAUUAUUUUAUCAGAAUUAUGUUAGGGCUAAGUAACUAUUUCUAGGUUAGGUUAGUUUGUAUACAUCACUUCACAAAAUGCCUACUAUAUCAAAGUUAAAAAUAAGCAGAAAAAAAAAUUCUCUAUGCCGUCUCAGAAACAUUGCCAGAAUAGAGGGAACAAUUUAUGAACGAGAAGUAAUUGAUAGAGAGAGGACAAUUGAACCACCUAGGGUAGAGCGGACAAUUGAACCACCUAGGUUAGAGCGGACAAUUGAACAGCCAAAUGUAGAGCGGACAAUUGAACCACCUAGGGUAGAGCGGACAAUUGAACAGCCAAAUGUAGAGCGGACAAUUGAACCACCUAGGUUAGAGCGGACAAUUGAACAGCCAAAUGUAGAGCGGACAAUUGAACCACCUAGGGUAGAGCGGACAAUUGAACAGCCAAAUGUAGAGCGGACAAUUGAACCACCUAGGGUAGAGCGGACAAUUGAACAGCCAAAUGUAGAGCGGACAAUUGAACCACCUAGGGUAGAGCGGACAAUUGAACAGCCAAAUGUAGAGCGGACAAUUGAACCACCUAGGUUAGAGCGGACAAUUGAACAGCCAAAUGUAGAGCGGACAAUUGAACCACCUAGGGUAGAGCGGACAAUUGAACAGCCAAAUGUAGAGCGGACAAUUGAACCACCUAGGGUAGAGCGGACAAUUGAACAGCCAAAUGUAGAGCGGACAAUUGAACCACCUAGGGUAGAGCGGACAAUUGAACAGCCAAAUGUUGAGCGGACAAUUGAGCCACCUAGGGUAGACACUUCCGGAAGGAGAAUUUUGUCGUUCAAGAGUCUGAUUGAUGGAAUUUAUGACAUAUCCUCUCAUUGCUCGAGCUGUCGAGUUGCAAAAAUUGGUCGCUAGAUUUGGAAAGGCGAAAAGGAUUAUCGACUGAAUGCAUUUUUAAAUGCGCCUGUGGGUGGGUUGCGGUUAUUAGUAGCGAUUCGGAUUGCAAUACUCUUCCAAUUAACGACAGUUUUGCGUGGGGGUGUGAAUGUUCUCCCGUUGGGUUUUCGGCUGCAACGUCGCUGCUAACAACUAUGGACUUGCCGUGUCCAGAUCCUAGGACAUUUAAAAAAGCAGAGGAAAGCUGCAAGGCCCUAAUGGAGGAAGCUUUCGUACAAGAGAUGAAGGAAAACCUCGCUCGAGAAAGGGAACUGGCUGUAGAAGCAAACAGCUUCGUUGUAGUCGAAGGAGUUAAGUAUGCUGCGAUAACAGUAUGUGUUGACGGGGGAUGGUCAAAACGAAGUUAUGGUCACACUUACACAGCUAAUUGUGGCAUUGGUGUAAUAAUAGGAAUGCAAACAAAAAAAAUAAUAUUUGCUGACACUCGAUGCAGUACUUGUAUUGUGUGCGAUAAAGGUAACAAUGAAAAUCGGGAUCACGAUUGUCCUAAAAAUUGGUCAGGUCCAGCUACAGCGAUGGAAUCAGAUAUUCUAACAAACGGGUUUGCACAAAGUCGACUACACGAAGUAGUUUUUACAAAAUUUAUUGGCGACGGAGAUUCCUCCUUCCAUGCAAAUGUCGAAGAUGUAUAUCCAGGAAUUAAAGUUAAAAAAAUUGAAUGUAAAAACCAUUUAUACAAAAAUUUAACAAAGAAAUGCACGGCACUGGCAAAAAACAAAAUCACAGGAAAAAAUGCUAAAAAUAUUUCCAUAGAAGAAAGACGCAAUUUUUGUAAGCACCUACACCGCAUUCCUAUAGCCAUUAAAAUGGCUGUAAAACAUUACAUUGAAAAUAAAACAAACGAUUCGUGGAAAUAUCUAAAACAUGAUAUCCUCAAUAUUCCAUUCCACAUUUUUGGACGUCAUAUCAAGUGCAAAUCGUACUUUUGCGAUACCAGUGACCCCUCUAAAGCAGUUGAAGCAGACAGAGUGGCAGAAAUGAUGACGUGUAGUUUCUGGGAACCGCUAAAUACAGCUCUAAGGAAAAUAUCUAACGAAAGCUACAGUUUGAUAGAAAACCAAACAAGCAAUGCUUCAGAGAGCUUUAUGUCCGUUGCUAACAAAUUCAUGGAAGGCAAAAGGAAAAACAUGGGCCAGAAGGGCCUUUACCGACAUAGGAUGCUAGCAGCUGUCUUCUCUUAUAACAACUGCUCAUUCUGGCCAGCCAAAGUGUAUACAACACUACUUACCAAACCUCCAUCCUUUUUUGCCGCAAGUCCUGACGGACUGCUGGAGGAGGAUGGUUUAUUAGAAGUGAAAUGUCCCCAUUCAAUUCGCGAUAAAGAUCCAAAAGACUGGCCUACAUAUUCGCCUAAAACCAGUUGCCUUGAAUACAAGGAUGGGAUACUCCGUUUGAAAUUGUCGAAUUCGUAUUAUUAUCAGGUUAUAAUGCAAAUUUACGUUACAAGGCGCCAGUGGUGUGAUUUCUUUGUUUGGACGCCAGUGGGGUAUCAUUUAGAAAAAAUUUAUCGUACUGAUGACACUGAUCAGCUCUGGGAGGUGAUGAAAAUUAAUAUGGAAUAUUUUUGGGAAAAUGACCUUGCACCUGAGCUGGUUGAUUCAAGGUUUGACCGAGGAUACACUGAGUAUAGAUGCCCAGAAUCUAGAAAAGAUGCAGUCGCUAAAAAAGCUAAUAAAAAAACCCUCGCAAGGAAACGUAACCACACAGGUCAAACAAUAAAUAAUCUGGAUAUGCAAAAAUAAAAAUUUUAUUCACUAAAUUUGGUUUGUUAUUACUAAUGUAUUAUGCUUAUUAUUGUAAUAAAAUAAUUAAAUUUAGUAAAUUUGUCCAUUAUAUUCUUUAUCCUGUAUCCUAGCAUACAUCCAGAUGUAAAUAAACUUAUACAACGGAAAAAAAGUAU